AUGUCACGGAAAUUGCGGGAGCUGUUCCAAAGUACGGCCCUGCACGGCUACAGUCAAAUCGUUCGCGAUAAGUACACGGUGGCGGAGCGGUCCAUCUGGGCCGGUGUCGUCGUCGCGUCUACCAUUAGCGCCCUCACGCUGCUCCUGAUAUCGUGGUCCUGGGAGGUGGAAACUCCGACGGUAACGGUAAUGGAGUCAACGAACUAUCCGACCUGGAAUAUCCCGUUCCCGGCGGUGACGGUGUGUCCGGUGAACAAAAUCGCUGCCUCCGCGGCACUGGCGCGUGCCGAGACGAUGCAACGGCCGGCCAACAUGACGGCCGGUGAGCUGGCGCAGCUGUUCAAACUGUUUCUUCACGUGUCGGGGCUAGGCCAAAGUGACCCGGCCAGCUAUCAGUUGCUGCACGACGUUCUGGUGCUGAACGGGCUGGAGAUACCGCAGCUGAUGGGUGAGCUGGCACCACCCUGUGCGGCGAUGAUCGAACGUUGCCGCUGGAAGGGAACCCAGUGGCGAUGCGACCACCUGUUCCAGCCGGUCAAUACCACCGAGGGUCAGUGCUGUUCUUUUAACUACUACGGCCCACGCAAGGAUACGGACUACGCCCGAAAAACUACCGUCAGCGUCCCGAAGAAACCGCGCCGUGUGAUGGCGAGUGGGUUCCAGACCGGACUAACGGUGUUGUUGCAGCCAUCGGUGGACGAGUACUUCGCCACCGAUGUCGGCACCUACGGGUUUAAGCUGAUGAUGCACAGCGCGAACGAUUUCCCCGACCUCGAUGCCGAAAUCAAGAUGGUGCUCGCCGGAACCGAAUCGUUCGUCACCAUCAACCCGUCCGCCACGUACGCUACGGACGAUGCGAUGAAGCUGAAGCCCUCGCUCCGUAACUGCUACGGCCGGCACGAGCAGCGGCUCGGGGGGAUGAUGAACCGCUCUUCCUACGUUAACUGCAUGGUAGAGUGUCGCUCGGCGAUGAUCUACGCACGGUGCGGAUGCCUUCCAUACAAUCUGCUCAAUAAUGGGUCACGCAAGAACUGCGAAGUGCGGGACACGGAGUGUGUGGUACGUGCCAGAGAGCUUUACCUGCACGCGGUCCCGGCCAUCGGUGCCUCGGUGGGCCCGGUCACCUAUGAACCGGUGGCCCCGCCCUGUGGGUGUUUGCCAGCGUGCACCAAGAUGCAAUACCCGGCGGAAAUCAUUACCGGGCCCCUGAAUCGACGCUACUCCUUCAACGCGAUGUCUUUUUUCAAAGACAUCGAGCUGAAGAAUCAAAGCUUGGUGCACAUUUACUUCGCGGACCUAACGGCGAUCCACUACCGGAUGGACAUUCCCCAGGACUCGUUGGGCACGCUAGCUUCUGUCGGUGGACUUCUUGGACUGUUUCUAGGCUUCAGCAUCAUUACCGGCUUCGAGAUGAUCUACUUUUUUACCAUCCGUCUGCUUUUCGACGCUUACGUCAAACAAUUCUGCGGGCAAACAGCCGUUUUGAACAACGCAAAGUAG